CAGCAUCAGCUGUCAGCUAUGUGGAAAUGUCUGCCAGAUGCCCUGUGAUGUGCUUGCCGGUGUUUAUUUAUGGUUGCCAGCAUGCUUGCAUGUGCUGUUUUUAAUCUGCAUUCAUUUGCACUCUACAGUGAUGGCUUUGCAUUGAUUUAUAAGCUGAAUGUGUUGUGAUUUACAGUGGGGAAUAUCACAGUAUUGAUUCGUAGUAGUUCUAUGUGACAUCUAUGGAAGAAGAUAUUAGGAGUGUCGUAACAGUUCACAGUAAUAGUAGUGUGUAUGCAAAUGAAUCAGAGGGCAUCUAGUCGUCUGGGUCUGCCUGUUUGUUCAAGUGUCGUUUUUUUUCUUCGCUCAUUCGUAUGAAUCAGGACUUUGCAAAAGUUAGUCCGAAAUCCAUGUAUAAAACAAUACAAUUUCUCAGAUUGUACCACAGCGGAAUAUGAUGGGGAAAUUUUUUAAGGUGGACAAGUCUACCAUUAGCGCCCUUCGUGCUCGGAAGCAGGAGUUGCUGACCAUCUCCAAUGUGCCCAUGGCAGACAGCCCUCCCUCUCCCCCUAGAACCGCCCCUCCCACCAUGAAGUCUACUCAGUUUUUUGACACGCUGGACAAGAUGGAGCAGGUUUCUGAGGUGGAGGAAAUGAGGCCACAAAGAUUAAAGGAUGAUUACAUUCCAUUCCCACGGAUAGAGGAGGUGUUACAGCGGGGUGAGCCAUACCCUCAGGUCAUCCUGCCUCAGUUCGGGGGUUACUGGAUAGAAGAUCCUGAAGCCCCUGUUGCCAUCCCAAAUUGGGAGAAUGGCUUCUGUGAGGAGGAAGAUGGAGAGGGAAGCAAUUCAGGACAGUUUGGCUACAGACUGGAGAGCAACUAUGCCAUUCGCGCAUACCGCAAGCACUUUCUGGGCAGGGAACAUCUGAACUUCUACUGCACGGCCAGUAACCAUGGCAACCUCGUACUGUCCCUCAGACACGAGGAGGUGAAGGAGCAAGAGUACCUGCACAUCAUUCUCAGGACUCCAUCAAAGACAAUCUACGACAGGAUCUCUUUGGCGGGCUUGACUGAGCUCCCCAGUGUCCCUCAGUUAGCAAAGCUACUAUGUGAAGACAUUGUAGGUCUGAGGUUUAGUCCUGUGCUGUAUCCAAAGGGCUCUCAGUUAAUAGUGAAUUAUGAUGAGCAUGAAUUAAACAACACCUUUAAGUUUGGCGUCGUCUACCAAAGGUUUGGGCAGACCUCAGAGGAGGAGUUGUUUGGGAACAAUGAAGAAACUCCAGCGUUUACAGAGUUCCUCCGAGUGCUGGGAGACUGUGUAGAGCUGCAGGACUUUAAAGGGUUUCGAGGUGGUUUGGAUGUGUCUCAUGGUCAGACAGGGUCUCAGUCGGUCUACACUCAGUUCAGAGGACAGGAACUCAUGUUUCACAUCUCCACUAAACUACCUUAUACUGAGGGAGACACGCAGCAGGUCCAAAGGAAGCGCCACAUUGGGAAUGACAUUGUGGCUGCAAUUUUUCAAGAGGAGCCCACACCUUUUGUGCCUGACAUGAUCGCUUCCAAUUUUCUCCAUGCCUAUAUUCUAGUUCAAGUGGAAAACCCUGGAACAGAUGACACCACAUACAAGGUGUCUGUCACAGCACGUGAAGAUGUGCCACAGUUCGGCCCUCCACUUCCCAGUCCGCCUAUCUUCAAAAAGGGUCCAGAAUUCAGAGAGUUUCUGCUGACCAAGUUGAUCAAUGCAGAGUUGGCAUGCUACAGGUCAAGCCGAUUUGCCAAGCUUGAGGAGAGAACGCGAACAGAACUGCUAGAUAACCUUCAUAACGAGUUACACAAGCGAACACAGACAAUGCUGGGUCAUCCUCUCAGCGCAGAUGAAGAAAGGAUGGAGAACGGAGGACACGGAGGAAUACUGGAGUCUAUUAAGCGGGCGAUGCGCGUGCGCAGUCACUCUAUGGAGGCGAUGGUGGGCUCCCAGAAACACGGCCGCUGCUCUCCGGCGGGAGGAGGCGUACCUACCAGCCUGAGCGGGGUCGGUCUGACACAUAGCAACACUGAGGCUGCCAAGAACUCUUCUCCGGUGACGUCAAGCGCCAAGUCUCCUCUGAAGAGCCCAGUGAAGAGACGCUCAGGGUUGUUCCCGCGGCUGCACACCAGUAUGGAUGGACAGUCAGAGCGCCACAUACGCAGUGUCCUAUGUGAUCAAAGAAGUCUAGAUAGCGGCCAUCUCUCACAGGAAGUGAGAUCAGAGACGUCGUCCAAUCCUAGCUCUCCAGAGAUCCUGAGCAAUGAGAGGCCAUCUCUCAAGUUGAAGGAGGGCAGUGGAAGACCAGAUAUCUCUCGAUCCUCCUCCAGCACCAGCAGCUUCAGCAGUGCUGCAGGAGACCCAGAGACACAGGAGGAAAAAGAGCUUAGCAGCCUCCAGAUUUCUCCCAGUCUCUCACCUGUGUUUGGCUCUCUGAGCACUGAGGGACAAGGCGCAGGAACGCCAGUGAUUAUGUGUCGCAGUCCAACAGAUUUUAGGAAUAAGACCUCACCCAGAUCCAAUCUGAAGUUCCGCUUUGACAGAUUGAGCCAGUCCGCUGCUGGACAUUAGUGAAGGGAAUGUCAAAGACGACUUGAACCAUUUAAAGCAAUGGAUCAGCACUGAAGAUCAAACACUGUCAGCACCGAGAAGGAGAGAAAUGAAAAAGGGACCCAUCACUCAAGCCCUGUGCUCCCAAUCUGAACAUCACAGGAAUAAGCACAUAGUUAGCAUCUCCUCUAGUUUCUGCAGGUGGUCCUCUGGUACUGAUAUGGCACAUUUAUUGAUUUUGCACAUUUUGAAGUCUUUCACUGUAAAAAAUAAAGAAAUAAAAUAAAUAAAUAACCCAAUAUCUUGUGAAUUAAUAAAAUACAAAUUUGGAUUAGCAGGUCAAUAAUAGUAACUAUAUCCUCACUUAAUUGUAAUAAAACAACACAUUUUAUUUUAAUCAACAAAAUUCCCAGCAUCUCAAACAUUCCACAGUAUUUUGAGACUCAUAUAAAUGCACUUGACUGGUACAGUGACUGGAAAAACGUUCAUAAAACUGGCCACGGAAGAUAUCGUUAUACAAAUUAAUUUCAUAAUAAAUCACUCUAAAAUGUGUGGAACCCCAUUUCUGCCACUGAAGAAAAAAAUUAAAACUUUAUAGACUUUAUCUCACAAUUCUGACUUUUUACACUCAAAACUGUAAGGUAUAAACUCACAAUCGUGAGUUAUGAAGUUAGAACUGUGAUAUAAAUUCGCAAUUCUGAGAAAUUAAGUCAGAACUGUGUGAUAUAAACUUGCACUGGCAAGUUAAAGUCAGAAUUGCGAGAUAUAAA